ACUUUUUCCUUUCUUUUCUUCUUACCGCUUAGUACCACUCCACUACCCAGAGCGAGCGAUGAAGCACGAAAAGCGCAAGUGAGAUAUUUGUUAUGGCGUCUCUACUAGUCGUUGCGAUUGACGGCGAAACGACACUAAUCAGCGGCCACGAAGCACGUUCACACUGAGCCAUGGAAGAGAAGCGCGUGAUGCUUACAUGGAGAUACGAAAGUAUCUUAUAAAGAGGUUUCACACAAAUCGAAAUGUACAAUUUGAAUUGAAAGAUUUGUUAGAGAUCAAUCUUGGAGAUGUGGAUGCUAGGCAAGAGGUAAUGGUGUUUCUGGAUUACUGGGGUUUGAUUAAUUUCGAUUCUUUAUCUUCUAUGGGUUAUGUUGAUUCAGUGAAACAGGAGGAACCAACAGUUGAGUACCAUUGCAAAUCUUGUUCUGUUGACUGUUCUCUCAAGGGCUACCAUUGCCAGAAGCAGUAAUGGAAAAUUUGGCUCUGGCAUGUCCUCCUUGGAUUUUUUACUCAUGGAGCCGUCAGAAGUACCAGGGAUUAGUGGUGGAAAAUGGACUGAUCAGGAGACUCUUUUGCUCCAUGAAGCAUUAGAACUUUAUAAAGAAAACUGGAAUGAAAUUUCAGAACACGUUGCAGCAAAAUCAAAAAGCUCAAUUACACUUUUUCAAAUGCCAAUUGAAGAUGCCUAUGUUGAUUGUGGUGAUGAUGCUGAUGCAAGUUACAACGAAAAUAUAGAUCCAUCUACUUCUUGAGAUGAUUCGUCUGUUCACAAAGAUGCUUUAGAAUUUUAUGAGAAUAAGAUUAGUGAUGCCAUUGAAGUCCAUGCGCGGUCCCUUCAAAUUGAAACUACUAAAGCUGACGAUGGUAAUAAUGUGAAAGUUAAUGAGGAGACUCCAAAACCAGACAAUGUUGAUGACGAGAAAACCUGUGAGCAAACCUCUAAAUCAGAAGAUGAUUUAAAAUUAAAAUUUGGUCAAGAAGAAGGCGACAACUAUUCUCAAAAUGCACUGGAGGAAACAUUUAUAUAUGUUUGGUUAUUGUUGUAGACCUAAAGGGCCAUCAUCAUCUGCUGAAGUUGGUAAUCCUGUCAUGGCAUUGGUUUUAUCUGUAGAGACCUGCCUAUAGAUUUUUUUAACAACCCUAGGCCCAAGUGUAACACCAAACAUCCCUUUGGGUGGGAGGACUUUGUGAACUGAAAGGGUGAGCGAUGCACUGAAUCCCACAAUCUAUCGUAGAUUCCAAAUAAUGAACUGCCAUAAGCAUUUUUCCUUGGACGCAUGGUGGAUUCUGGUGCAGCUGUUGCUUCAGGGCAUAACUCUUCAAAAUCCAUGUCUGUAAAUUCUCCCAGCACUGUGCUUUCUGCAAGGCACUGUUUUCUUCUGGAAGAUCCACCCGGUGAUAAUAAGCCAAGUAGAUCUAAGAGGUGUUUAAUAUUGUGUUGAGAUUUUGAAUUUUUGAAAAUUACAUAAUUUGUAUAAUUGAUGUUGAAGGGGAACUUUUGAUAUGUCUGCCUGGAUCGUAGUGAUUCUAAAAGGGAGGGAAACAUGAACAAAUGCAUGUUAGAUUAUAAUGCUGUAUCAAAUUAUCACAAUGACAAUAAUCUUAAAGACGAUGGAGUCUGGAAAAAUCAAUUGUUUUAAAGGAGAAAGCAAUGAUUGAUAAUGAGGAAGUUGCUUAUGAUAAUUGUAAUUUAAAGUUACCCAGUGAUCAAGCAACAAGGGCUGUACAUGGUUCUGAUGGUUCUACACUCAAGGAUAAAGUUCUACUCAGUUCUGAGUUGAAAAAGGGAAUUUCACCGCAUAAGAGCUCCCAGCCAAUUCAAGAACUAAAGAAUGGAGGCGUGUCCAACGAUCUUCCAGCAGAAAAUAGACUUCCACAGUAUAUUAAAUCCAAUCUAGGAGAAACAAAAAAUGUUAAUGCAGUGUCUGAUUUAUGCCCUCAGAUAAGAGCAAGCCUUUAAAACUAAUAUCUACAAAUCCAGUUAUUGAGUCUCUGGAUUCAACAAACUCAACAAUGGAUGUCGGUAUGAUUUCUAAUUCCUUGUCAUCAGUGAAGAACGGAUCUCAACCCCUAGUAAUUACAUCAAUUUCAUCCCAACAUACCGUGACAGAAAAGGAUGCAGAUAUCAUUUUUAUUUCUAUGCCUUUGGAUAAAAAUGAACUUCCACAUCCAGUAGAAUCAAGUUCUGGUGCAGAAUAUGGAUAACUCAGUGGCAGGUGCAGAUCACCCGGAAAAUGACAUGAAACUAAACAUGAAGAAGGCAAAUCAUGACAAUAAUUUUGAGAAAUUAAAACAUGUUGUAGUUUCCACACUUGCUGCAGCAGCAGUAAUAAAGCGAAAAUUCUGGCUGAUGAGGAAGGCUAUCAAAUCAGACAAGUUGCUUCUUUGGUUGAUAGAAAAGCAGUCUCAAGACCUCAAAUCACUCUACGAAUCUCGAAAGCUGAUUUCAUGGUGGCCUGUUACUACUCUUCCAAGCCAUUUAGCACAUGCAGCUUCUGCGGGAAAUUCAGUUUGUCCAUCCAACCAUGAAAGCUUUUCUUCUGUUACAAAUAGAAAAAAGUUCAUGCCAUCUCCUUGACAAUGUUUCGCAAGUUGCAGAAUCCUUACGUGAGGGAGAGGGCCAGGUUUCUCCCUCUCUUUAACCUUCCCUUCCGUUGGAGAAGAAGUCAUCCUUCCAUAUGGCUUCUGAUUCCCCACCAUCGUCGGACAAUUCAUCUCCUCCGCCACCACCGCCCGACAAUUCAUCUCCUCCCCCACCACCAGACAACUCAUCUCCACCACCACCACCGCCGGACAAUUCAUCUCCUCGUCCACCGUCACAGGACAAUUCACCACCUCCUCCCUCGUCAAGCGAUAAGAAAUCUCCGCCCCCGCCAUCUAAUUCCUCACCAUCUACAUCGCCACCACCUCCUCCUGAUAAGAAAUCAGGUAACCGCCGGUCAUCGCCGCCCCCACAUUCUGGCCAUCAGUUUUCUCCUCCCCCACCUUCAAAGAACCGGUUGUCUCCACCCAAGUCAUUAUCUUCGAGGUCAUCAGGAGACGGUGGAAGCCAAUCAUUGAGCACGCCAAUUAUAAUAGCAAUUGCAGCUGCAGCUGGGAUUUUGCUCCUUCUCCUUCUCAUGGUCAUCUUUGCGUGUUCAAGAAGAAAAAGGAAAUCUCAGUCACCCAAUAAUUACUACCAUAAUCAACCUAAUGAUGGGUUUCACAAAAACGAGUAUGGGUACAACAGCAAUAAGGUUGAGCACGUUAUGCAUAUUCCUCCACAUCCAAAUCCACAUUCACAAGAUCCAAAUCUAUAUCCACCACAUCCACAUCCACUUCCAGUUGGAAGUUGGUCAGCACCCCAGGGUGUUAGUUCUGACAUGAGCAGUGCCAGUUACUCUGGGCCCCAUGGUCCCGUUUUGCCACCGCCGCACCCCACGGUGGCCCUCGGAUUCAACCAAAGCACCUUCACUUACGAGGAGCUCUCGGCUGCGACUGGUGGCUUUAGCCAACACAACCUGCUGGGCCAGGGUGGCUUUGGAUACGUCCACAAAGGUGUUCUACCCAAUGGCAAGGAAAUUGCAGUGAAGAGCCUCAAAGCCACUAGUGGUCAAGGAGACAGAGAAUUCCAAGCUGAGGUUGAAAUCAUCAGCCGCGUCCACCAUCGCCAUCUCGUCUCACUCGUCGGCUAUUGCAUCUCACAAGCCAACAAGCUCCUCGUUUAUGAGUUUGUGCCUAACAAUACCCUCGAAUACCACCUUCAUCGAAAGGUUCAACCUGUGAUGGAUUGGAAUACCAGGCUCAAAAUUGCGAUUGGAUCGGCUAAAGGACUUGCAUAUUUACAUGAGGAUUGUCACCCUCGUAUCAUUCACCGAGACAUAAAGGGUGCAAACAUUCUACUCGAAAACAACUUCGAAGCCAAAGUGGCAGAUUUUGGGUUGGCAAAGAUGAGUCAAGACACUAACACUCACGUUUCUACUCGUGUAAUGGGAACAUUCGGGUAUUUGGCUCCAGAAUAUGCAUCAAGCGGUAAGCUAACUGACAAAUCUGAUGUGUUCUCGUUCGGUAUUAUGCUUUUGGAGCUCAUAACAGGUCGGGAACCUGUUGACAACACUGGGGAAUAUGAAGAUAGUUUGGCCGACUGGGCUAGACCACUCUGUACAAAGGCAAUGGAGGAUGGAAUUUUUGAAGGGCUGGUGGAUCCACGUUUACAGGGUAAUUACGACGAGCGCCAAAUGUCUUGUAUGGUGGCUUGUGCUGCAUUUAGCGUAAGGUACUCUGCAAAGAAGCGGCCGAAAAUGAGUCAGAUUGUGAGAGUGCUGGAGGGUGAUGUGUCAGUACAAGUGCUUGGUCACGAGGGAACGAAACCUGGACAAAGUACAGUGUUCGGCGGCGAAGGGGAAUAUAACGCGGAGAAAUACGGUGCUGACAUGAUGAAGUUCAGAAAACUAGCAUUACAGAGUGGCAGUGAGUUUAGUGCAACGAGUGAAUAUGGCAUGAACCCUUCCACCACAAGCAGUGAACAUUCUUCUGCUGAAUAUGUCAAUGCCAGAAGGGUAGGAGCUCGAAUGCACACUCCUUAAUUCAUCAUCAUCUGAACUUGUUAGGAUAGUAACACCUGAUCUUGCCACAAGCUUUUAAUGAUGUUCUCAUUUGGCAUAACAAGUUAGUGCCAGAGGGAUCCAAGUUAAAGAAAUGGAAGACACGUUUCUUCAGUUUAUGAGUUUUAGUGAGUAAUUGAUUGAGUAGGAUACUCUGAUAGGUUGUAAACAUUGGACAGAGAAGGGAAUAUGUAAUGUAGAGCAUGUGUUGUAACAUUAAUUAGAGGAAGCUCCUGUGUACAUCUUUCUGAUUUGGAGUUGGGUUAAUACUGUGCAUAUGUAUUUUUAUGUUAUGAUAAAAUAAAAUAGAUGAAAAAAAUUGGAGGA